AUGGAUUCAUUCUCAAGUCCAUCGUCUGGGUCUUCGCACCAAUUAUCCGCGGAUGAUCUCAGAAAGCAGUUGAAGAAUCAACUGGCCAUGGAGUAUGCUCAACAAUUUCUUGAGUGGGAAGAAAAUGUUUUGAGAAGUGUGUCACGAAACCAGGUUCGAGUCUUGGUGGAAGUGAAAGCAGUUGCAUCUCUAGGCAAAAAAGGUAGGCAGCAAGAACCGUCAUACACUUGGUCAGACUGA